AUGGUAGCCUCCCUAAUCGGUCUCUUGUGAUAUCUCUACAGCCGUAAGAGAUGAUACUCUUAGGCGAGAGUAGUGUGACACAUGACCCAGGGGAAUAUUAUGAUAAUAUGUUGUGACCAUCUGAUUUUAUUCAGAUGUGUACAGAACAACUUACGUGGGUGUGUCAGUGUCAGACACGUAGACUACAUUUUUGCUGUUGUCAAAAACUGUGCAUAUCAUGAUCUCUAGUAUAUUUAAAAGUGUCUGUGUUGUAGUCCUGGUGAAAAAGUGAACGUAAAUAAUGGGUGCUUUGUUUGGUAAAAGUAAAAGACAUGCGAGUCGGGUAACGGAGCAGGACAAAGCUAUAUUGCAGUUAAAACAACAACGAGAUAAACUGAAACAGUAUCAGAAGAGAGUAGAGUCCAUGUUGGAGAAAGAUAGACUGCUUGCACGGAAACUGUUGCAAGAUGGUAAAAAGGAACGUGCUAAGCUCAUAUUACGGAAGAAAAAGUUUCAAGAACAGCUUCUCGAAAAAACAGACGGGCAAUUGGAAAACCUUCAGAGGCUUGUCCAUGAUUUGGAAUUCGCACAGAUAGAGAUACAGGUAUUAGAUGGACUUAGAGCCGGCAACGUGGCGCUGAAAAAAGUACACGAUGUUAUCAGUGUUGAUGAGGUUGAACGAAUUCUUGAAGAAACUCGUGAAGGUGUCGAAAAGCAGCGAGAGAUUGACGAACUGUUGAGUGGCGCAUUGUCUGCUGACGAUGAAGAGUCUGUAGAAGCAGAACUAGAAGAAAUAAUAAAGGAAGCUCUUCCAGAUGUCCUCGAAGCGGAUGAUGAAGAGCUAGAAUUGCCUGAGGUUCCUACAGAUGAAGUAGAAAGAAGGAAGGAGAAAGCAAGAGCCCAGAAGGUAGCCAUCGAAGUGGCACAGUAAUAUCAUGAAACUGUGCAACAACUGCAAGACCAGUGUGAUUAAUAAGAUUGUCGUUAUGUUACUUGCGAACUUUUAUACACAUUUCUGUUCUGUUGGAAGAGAAUAGUAAAGCUAACGUGACAGACAGGAGUUUUGUCUUUACCAUUGUCCAUAAGCUUCAUCAUACAGUGUGUAUAGGCCUAGCACGUACAGUGCCACGUGUUUGUUCCAGAGUUUAUUCUGGCAUGUGCUGUGAUAAUAACAUAAGGUGAUAAUGUAGGUUUCUAUAAUAAUGGCCUGUGUCCAUUUGUUGAAUGUUAUUGCUGCUUUCUCAUCCAUUUUCCCCCUAUGUAUGCAGGAUGGUUCUCAAAGUUUUAACACUGUAAUAUUUAAACUGCAGCCCUGUCAGCAUAAAAAGAUUUUAUUCAUCACAAAGUGCCUCUGUGACACAUUCUUGUGAAGGCAUCUGGUUACUAUAUUUAUUUAAACCAGUGGAAAUUCUUUUGGAUUAGAGACCACUCACUGAAAAGCAGAAGUGUUAGUUGUUGGUAGGCACACACAAAAGGAACAAAAACUUGCUGGCUUUUGGAAUAGGGGUAGUGUCAGGUAGGGUGGGUAGAGGCCAGCUGGAGGCAGGGAGAGGAUGGGGUGUGGGUGGCUAGCAGCUAGAGGGAGACAGCCGAUGAGCGAACAAGAAAUGUGGGAGCAAGGAGUGACGUAUAUACAUACAAGGCAUGUGGUGCAUUGUUGUUGGAGCCGGUGGGUAGUGGCGCACGCUGAAGAUGAUGUGGGGACAUAAAUUGGGAGGGGUUAGGGGUUGACAGGACAGAGAAAGGGAGGGUGGAGGGUACAGGGGUAGUGGGUUACCAGAGAUCGAGGCCAGAAUGAUUAUGGGAGUGAAAGCUGUGUUGUAAAGAAAACUCCUAAGUUCAGAGAAGCUGGUGGUGGAAGGAAGGAUCCUCCGUGGCCCGGGUUAUGAAGCAGUCAUGAGCAUUUUGUUUCAGCUGCAUGUUGUGCCGCCAAGUGGUAAACUUUGUUCUUGGGAACAGUUUGGUGGUGGCCAUUCAGCCUCAUAGAUAACUGGUUGGUAGUCAUAUCGAAAUAAAAAGCUUUGCAGUGUUUUCAGCAGAGUUGGUAUAUGACGUAGCUGCUUUCACAGGUGGCUUGUCCUCUGAUGUGGUGGGAGAAAUCUGACUGGCUGAAAUGGGAGGUGCUGGGUGGGUUGAUUAGGCAGAUCCUGCACAGUGCAAGUGGCAUAGGAUGCAUUAAGAUAAUGGAACAGCAUUUUAGGAUGGGAGGGAUGUUGGGUACGAUAUUCCUCAUACAAUAUUCCUCAUUUCCGGACAUGAUGAGUGAUACUCAAAGCCCUGGUGAAGGUGAAGGUUAAGGUUCAGUUCCCACACCCCUCACCCAACAGUUUGUCAUUUGUCUCUGUGUGUGUGUGGGGGGGGGGGGGGGAGGGGGGAGGGUACUCUGAAAGCUAGCAAGUACUCAUUCUUUUUGUCGUGACUGUCAACAUCUCUGCUUUUCGGUGAGUGGUCUCAUUUAAUCCAAAAGUGUCUACAUUCUGCCAGACCUUCCCUACAAUGUUUAUUCGAAGCCAUUUGUGAAUAAGGAUAAAAUACUGUUUUAACUCUGUUAAUCAAAGGUUGUAUUAUUUUGAAGAGUUUGUUGCAGCUUAGACAAAUAAGGUGUCAACAUUAUUUUUGUAUGUCUAUUUGAUAGUGAAAAGUUUCUUAAAAUGUACAAGCAAGCAAAUUUAAAACUUUCAUUCUGCAUCAUUAUUACUACUUAAUAACAGCAAAUGUAAUUUAUUCAGAUUUUUUUCCCUUGUUGGAUAUUUGCUUAUUUAUUUUAUUGCUUCCUUUUUAUCCAGUGUGUAAAAUAGAAAAAAUAAUACACAAGUAUUCAAUUUUUAAUAAAAAUAUACCAUGUGAUAUUUUAAUUUUUUUUUUUAAUUGUGAAGUUUGAUGUUAAUUCCUUCUCACAGUCUGAACAGCUAACUUCAGAAGUGUCUUUUGAAACUAUUUUCAUGGGGAAACAUACCUGUGAUACACUUUCUUGUACAUUUCCUUCCUUCUAGCAUGGCUGUGAAGCAAUAGUGUGUGCAAUGUGUUUCAGUUUCUUUCAUUGUCUUCACCCUAUUUGCCAGGCAAAUGCUAUUUGUUUGCAGAUUUAAGUUUUGGUAUAAAUAUUUGAUGAUACUGUUUGGUGAGUAAAUGUGAUCAAGAAUAUAGUUAAUGUCAUUAUGUUUAUUUAACGUAAGUUGCUGGCUCAUCACUAAAUGUAUGUCCAAAUGUUGCAGUGGAUUAUUUAGCUACUGAGAUGAAUCUAUCCAGCAGCAGCUAUAGAAAAAUGAAGAAGCAAUCAAAAAAUCCAACAUCAAUUUACAUUUAUGAAAAUAUACUGGUAAAAAAGGUUAAAAUCUAUUGCAGUCUGUCAGAAGAUCUGCUGGAUUACUUGGAACUGAGACGUUAGGAAAUACACUAACGGCUUUACAGUUACA